CCGGGAGGUAGCAGCUAGGCUACAAAAUACAUUUCAUAGUAGUUGAAGUAGAGGAGGGUGCGCCACUUCGUCGGAGGAGUGUGAUCUUGACUGGCCAUCAUUUGGAGUCAAUUCAGCUGCCGGAGAAAAACUGCAAGCCACAGGUUGCUGAUUGAAACCAAGGGACUUACAUUUCGCAAAGUUCCCUGACACGCAAAGAGCUGGUGGAGGUGAAUCAGGGAUAAGACAACAUGAGUGACCGUUUUGACUGUGGCGAGUGCAAGGAGUCCCUGUACGGACGCAAAUACAUUCAGGUGGAGGACGUUCCCCACUGCAUCCCCUGCUAUGACCGCCUGUAUGCCAACACAUGUCAGAAGUGCAAGGAGCUCAUCGCACACAACGCACGGGAGCUGUUCUACGAGGACAGGCACUACCACGAACACUGUUUCCGUUGUUUCCGCUGUGACCGCUCGCUGGCGGACGAGCCCUUCACCAGCCAGGAGGAGGCGCUGCUGUGCAACGACUGCUACCGCAAUGAGUUCUCGUCCAAGUGUGUGGCCUGCGACAAGACCGUCAUGCCAGGCUCAAAGAAGUUGGAGUAUGGGGGUUCUGCGUGGCACGAGGACUGCUUUGUGUGCCAUGGCUGUGAGAAGCCCAUCGGUGGCCAGUCCUUCAUCCCCGACAAAGACGACUACUACUGUGUACCCUGCUACGAGGGCAGGUUUACCCCGCGAUGCAGCCGCUGCAAAAAGGCACUGGCGACAGGGGGCGUCAGCUACAAAGAUGAGACGUGGCACAAGGAGUGUUUGGUGUGCACGGGCUGUAAGAGCCCACUGGCGGGCCAGCCCUUCACCUCCCAGGGAGACACGCCCUACUGCGUCAAGUGCUUCAGCAGCCUCUACGCACAGAAGUGUGCCUCCUGUAACUCGCCCAUCACAGGGUUUGGCGAGGGGAAGUACGUUUCUUUCCAGGAUCGGCAGUGGCACCAGCCCUGCUUCAAGUGCUCCCACUGCUCUGUCUCUCUGGUUGGGUCCGGCUUCUUCCCUGACCGGGACCAGAUCCUUUGCGGAGACUGCAACAACGACCAAGAAGACCAAUGAGAAUCACUGUCUCUCUCCUUCAACUGUGCCUGACCAAUCACAAAUGUACAGUUAUAGCUAUCCUGUUUGUAACACACAGCGGUGACAUGACCACCAUGACCACCUAUCGUACAGUUAAGAGAGCCUCUAAACCUCAACCUAUAUUUAAUACUACAUCACCCUAAAUACAUACAGUACCAGUCAAACGUUUGGACACACCUACUCAUUCAAGGGUU